AAAUGUUGUUAAAAAAUUAUGACCACAGAACUUUGUCCCACAUCGAUUAUAAAAUAUCCAGUAGUAAGUACAUAAGGCCUUUCAUUAGUUUCUCAUCUUUAUUUUAGCUGAGUCUUCUUCUUCAUCCUCUCUAUAUAACAAUGGGUAUAUCACCUUCCAAACGAGUCAAGACUCAGCUUUCCAACUCGCCCGAGUUCAACUCAGCAUGCGACUCGGCCUACUCACACUGCGUCUCACUCACCCAGCAAGCUUUCCCAGGUGUCUUUCUCUACCAACUCAACACCGCAGCUGAAAAACUCCAUCAAAUCCUCACCGUCGAUCAACCCCACCAGAUCAUCCUUAAGUGGGUUUCUUCUCCUCCAACUCGUUCUCAGGUUGACUCAGCCCUCCGAGUCGUGAGUCGUCUCCCCAACAAGGAUUUGGGCUACGAUGAGCACACACUUGGGCCGAACCGGUUCAAGGAAUGGGCCGUGGAGCUUUAUGGGAGUGCGAUUGUGGGUAAUGCGAAUAAAGCCGUGCUCCGCCGUGUUCCGAUUGGAGUUGCCGGAAUCGUUGGCGUUGGGGUUGUAACUCGGUCAGGGAAAGACUUGGUUGGGACGGCGGUUGGAGUAUACGCGCUGGGCAUUGCCACUUCUAUUUAUUUGGGUUUAUGUAAUAAAUAGAUGAGAGAGUUUUUUUUGUUCUUUAUUUAAAGUCAAUUAUGUAUGUAAAAAACCUUUGAAUGGUUUGUUAAUAAAAUAAAAUGAAUCUCUUAGCUA